CAAUAAAUUCCUGAAAGAGUUAAAACCUUUUAUCCUCUCAGAUUCUGAGAGAACUCACGAGAUUUCCUUACAAUUUCCACUCAAACCGAUGAAGUAAAUUCCAAAUUUCUUCAGACGAAAAAAACUUGCACAGAUUGCAAAAUCGUCGCUACCGAAUCGGCACUGGAGAUUAGAGAAGAAGCUGCAGCAGGAAAAAAAUGAGUAACGAUGCUAAGAGAAGCAUUCAAGGGAAUCUAAUGGUGAAAUCUGUGUCGGAAGAUCGGAAACCACCGGCUGUGGCGACUACCGGCAAGAAAAUCGUUAUUAAGAGUGCUGAUAUGUUUGGUGAUGUGCAGAAGGAGGCUAUCGAGGUCGCCAUAGCUGCAUUUGAAAAGCAUAGUGUAGAGAAGGAUAUAGCAGAGUGUAUUAAGAAAGAGUUCGAUAAGAGGCAUGGACCGACCUGGCACUGCAUUGUUGGCCGUAAUUUUGGUUCGUACGUGACACACGAGACAAACCACUUUGUUUACUUCUACUUGGAUCAGAAAGCAGUUUUACUGUUCAAAUCUGGUUGAUAAACAUGUAUAUUUUGCGGAUUAAUGAAUCUUAUUUACUGAUUUUAUGAUCAUCGCUAUUUAAUCAAAUGAUGAUAUCCGUGUGGACAAGGCA